UGCGCAGUGCGUGACCAUGGUAGCCCAGACGGCAGAGGAGCGCCAUGUCCCAACGCUCGAGGAGAUCGUGGAUGCAGGAUUCAGCAUGCAGGGCGGUGUUUGUCUCACGCUCAAUGUCUUCUUUUGUCUUCUCCUGAGGGCGCUGGGUCUCAAAGUUGACCUGCUCGAUGGGAACUACAGCGCCCACGGGGAUGACCAUUCUCACGUUAUCCUCCUACUCAGUGACUUAAGGUUCCCAGCCGACAAUUACAUCAUCGACGUGGGUAACGGUUUCCCCAGCAUGGAGAUGAUCCCCUUGAAGGAGCUCCCAGUCGACCAUUACCACGCUGGGCUGGAGUACAGAUACGAGUACAGCGGCGAUGACGUCAUCAGGCUGCACCGGGCUGGAGAUACCACACUCGAUGGAGAAAAUGUGUGUUGUUGCCCAGUCGAUGAGGAGAAGCCUGUGAUGCGGGGCGAGUGGCGCCAGGUCUUCCACUUCACACUCAGACCCGUAUCCUUCGAGUACUUCCAGCCGCACAUGGAGAGGAUUUACAUGGACGAGUCCUGCGAUUUCCUCCAGGUCCUCCGCGCCGUCCGCUUCCCCACUGAAUCCGCACUCGUUCAGAAGGGAUUAAUGGCCGCUGCAGCUGGAGGGAAGGAGGGAGGAGGUCCUGCUGGCGAUAAAAGGGUGGUGUUGGCUUUUAAGAACCAGAGCCUCCUCGCCGGUCCCAUGGAUAAGGAUAUCAAGACGAGGGUGGGGAAGGACGCCCUGGCUGCCAAAAUAAAGGAAUUCUUCCCCAACAUUCCUGCAGAUAAAGUCGAUAUGGCGGUGAAGAAAAUUGCAAAAUAAAAAUAGUUAAAAAAAA